AUGGCCGAUUCGUUGUUAGAGCUACUAGUUCCUCCGGAGUUAUCUCAGUCUUCUGAUGCUGUCAAAUCAUCAUAUCUCAAUCGCUUAUCCACGCUGUCUCUUCAAACCCUCCAGACUACCGAACUUCAGUCUCUCGCCCAGUCCUCCCACUCAACUCUCCUCUCCCUCCAGGCCCUAUCCAAUCGGUCGCAUAGGGCCUUCGUUACUUCAUCCGACAAUCUAUCUACACUUCGCACAUCGAUUCCAAAGUUAACAAAAGAGGCCCAGGAGCUGCGUGAUGCCAUCCCGAAACUCGACCAGGAGACAGUCAGCUUCUCCACCAAAUACAGCAAGGUCACAGAUAAUGCUGCUCUCGGACGACGGAAGAAAGCCAUGCAAUUGGCACGGAAUGUCGAUCGACUAUCCGAUAUUCUAGAAUUACCCACUCUAUUGUCCACCGCCGUGUCGGCAGCAUCUGCCAACUCCGGCGCAGGCGCAGCGUCGACUACAUAUUCAUCCGCCCUCGACCUACAUGCGCACAUCAAAAGAUUACAGACCCUAUACCCAGAAUCGCCACUUAUUCAAGAUGUGGCAUCCCAGGCCGAGGAUGCCAUGAAAGAGAUGACAACUAAUCUAAUUGCGGGGCUUCGCGCUCAGAACCUACGCCUAGCAGCUGGUAUGCGAACCGUAGGCUGGCUGCGACGAGUCGCCCCUGAUCUGGAAACGCUACAAGCCGAUGGUGCCGCGAGUGGAUCUGGGGAAGGAGCGCUGGGCGCCAUAUUUCUGAUCUGUCGACUGUCAAAUCUGGUCUUAACGCUCGAGGCAUUGGACCCACUUCGCGAACUUGCAGACCAGGAAACUCAACGAAGAACAAGCAAUAAAGGCAAAUCUGACAAUUUAGCUAGUGGUCAACAGACUGACCGCUAUCUAAAAAGAUACAUUGAGAUCUUCCGCGAGCAGAGCUUUGCCAUAGUUUCGUUGUACAAGAAUAUCUUCGUCUCGGAGCAGUCUGAGCCCGAACCUGCCAUUCCAGGCUUGAAGGGACCUGAUGCAUCGACUCCAACCCAUGAUUCAUUCCAAAGACUUCCCUCAGCUCUUGCGACAUUCCCAAUGCACUUAGUGCAACUUCUCACCGACACUAUGCGAACCUAUCUUCCCAAUGUCCGGGAUCGGAGCUCGCGAGAGUCCCUGCUGACACAACUGCUGUACUGUGCAGCCAGUCUGGGACGCUUGGGAGGUGACUUUGGUAUGGUUUUAACUGAGCUGAGUGGGGAGGAGGACAUUGAAUGUGAAUGGGAGGAAGUGAUGCGCAAACACCGGGCUUUAGCUGGGAGACUAGAGCAGCUGACCAGUCGAGUGGCUGCACAUUGA